CCCUCCCAGCUUGAAACCACCACCACGCUUCAACGAUGGCGUACAGAGUGCUGGAGGUCACCCUCCUGUCAGCCAAGGACCUGAAGAACGUGAACCUCAUCACGCGGAUGGAGGUGUACGCCGUGGCGACCAUCUCCGGCGACCCGAUCACGCGCCAGUGCACCCCGCCGGACCCCUAUGGCGGCCGCAACCCGACGUGGAACGCGACGCUCCGGUUCGACGUCCCACCCACCGCCGAGGAGGCCAAGGGCGGCUGCCUCCACAUCCUCCUCCGCGCCGAGCGCACGUUCGGCGCUGACCGCGACGUGGGCGAGGUCAUCGUGCCCCUGCCGGAGGUUCUCACCGGCGGCGGACUCGGGGCCCCCAACAUGCCGCAGUUCGCGUCCUACCAGGUCCGCAAGGUGCACCGCACCGAGACGCGCGGCGUGCUCUACCUGACGUAUCGUCUCGGCCCCAUCGUCGUGCCGCCACCAGCCAACGAGUGGCCGGUCGUUGGGUACCCAGUGCAGCAGGAGACGCCGCCGCAGACAUCAUCUUCGCCAACAAAACCGCCGUCUCCAAAGCCAACCGGUCAGGUGCCCCCUUAUCCAAAACCUUCUGGGUACACAACCGCGCCAUCAAAAUCAGAAGGGAAUGUGGCCGUGUCGCCGUCUCCAAAGCCAACCGGUCAGGUGCCCCCACCUCCAAAACAUGUUGGGUACGCACGGCAUAUGCCGCCGUCUCCAAAGCCAAUCGGUCAGGUGCCCCCUUCUCCAAAACAUUCUGGGUACGCGACCACGCCAUCAAAAUUAGAAGGGCAUGUGGCCGUGCCACCGUCUCCAAAACCAACCGGUCAGGUGCCCCCUUCUCCAAAACAUUCUGGGUAUGCGACCACGCCAUCAAAAUCAGAAGGGCAUUUGGCCGUGCCACCGUCUCCAAAACCAACCAGUCAGGUGGUGUCCAUGCCACCUUCUCCUAACCCGUCUACAAAUCCGCCCGGUCAGUUCAUGUCCAUGCGGUCUGCACCAUCAAAAUCAGAAGGGCAUGUGGCCGUGCCGCCGUCUCCAAAGCCAACUGGUCAGGUGCCCCCUUCUCCGAAACCUUCUUGGUACGCGACCGUGCCAUCAAAAUCAGAAGGGCAUGUGGCCGUGCCGCCGUCUCCAAAGCCAACCGGUCAGCUGCCCCCUUCUCCAAAACCUUCUGAGUACGCGACCGCGCCAUCAAAAUCAGAAGUGCAUGUGGCCGUGCCGCCGUCUCCAAAGCCAACCGGUCAGGUGCCCCCUUCUCCAAAACCAGUCCAACAUGUAGUAUCCAUGCCGCCGCCGUCACCAAAACCAGCUGGGCAUGAGGUGUCCAUGCCGCCUUCUCCAAAAUCACCCCGUCAACAUGUGGCCAUGUUGUCAUCUCCGAAACCAUUCAGCGGACAUGCGUCCCCAACACCAUACGGUCAGGUGGUGGGCGAACGCAUUUUUACCAGGACCGAUAUCUACCGGUGUCCCAUUAUGCAACAACGAGCUGCCACCUAACCUAGUACCCUCCCGAGUACAUGUUGAAUAAUCAUGUCACGUUAUAUAUAUAUAUAUAUAUAUAUAUAUAUAUAUAUAUUACCAGAUCUUUUAGUGGUGUAUAAGUCGGUUGUAGUAGCCUAUAAAAGCCCGUCGGUUGUAAAAGCAAUAAGAGCAAUCAGGCUUCAAAGCCUCUAGUCACAA